AGUUGGGGGUGUUGUAUGUAGUGGGAGUAGGUCGGAAGUUGGAUCGGCAGCUGUGUCUUGAGAAGGAGGCCGACUCAAAACAAAUUGUCACAAUCCCCCCCCUCCCCACAAAAAAGCUGACUCAAACACCUCGAAAGCAUCGAAAGAACAAUCAUCAUCUUCCAGCCGAUAGAGAAAAAAAAAAGAAUACUCAACUCUUGAUGCCUCCCAAACACACUCCAACCGGUACUCGAACCAAUCAAUCAGUCGCCACCACGAUGACAGAGAACGAGAAGAUGUUAACCGGAAAGGCCUAUCUGGCAUCGGAUCCACAACUAGUGAAAGCAAGACUCCGAGCCCGAGCACUAAUGCAACGAUACAAUGGCUAUCCUUGGCCGACUUACGAGGCCGAUGAUCCAGACCCCGAUUACUUUGGUCCCGACGAUCGAAGGGCCCUCUUGGCUGAACUCUUCAACUUGCAACUCGAUGAUCUCAAACAGAAACCACUCGAAAUCGAACCCCCUUUCUAUUGCGACUAUGGCACAAACAUCACUUUCAAAGGCCCAUUUUAUUGUAACUUCAACUGUCACGUCUUAGAUUGUGCACCGGUGGUGUUUGGUAGUCGAGUGAUUUGUGGACCGAAUGUACAAAUAUAUGCAGGAACACAUUCGACGGAGAUAUGUGAACGGCAAAAGGGUCUUGAAAGGGCUUAUCCGGUCACUGUUGGCGACGAUGUUUGGAUCGGAGGCGGGGCGAUCUUGAUCGGCCCAUGCACUAUUGGAAAUGGCACUACAAUAGCUGCUGGAGCGGUGGUUAGGGGAGAUGUACCCGCGAACGUAGUGAUGGCAGGAGUUCCAGCUCGAAUCAUCAAACACCUGAACAGCAACACCAACAAAUCAGAUCACGAGUCUAACAGCGAUCUGAAACCAGGCCAUCCGAAAUCCUCGACCUCCAAUGCCAAUCAAUCAAACCAUUCCAAGUCGAUUGCCGCUCGAUCACCUGGAGGAGGCUCGAAGAAUCUCAAUCCAACCUCUGUAGCAACUGAUGAUGAUCAAGCGAGCGGACAUUCGGAGGAAACUAGCGAUCCAUUUGCCGAGUGUUUUCUGGCCAACAUUCCCAGUGCAUUAUCCAACGGCGAUCUACACAAUGCACUGAGUGUAUUUGGGGAGGUCCGGAGUCUGACGAUGGACCGAAGUCGACGGUUAGGGUUCGUACGUUUCGGGAGUGCACAGGCAGCUGAAGAAGCCGUCGAAGCUGGGCGAGGUCCGGACGGAUUAGUGGUGAUGAUGAAUCAGGAGACGAAUGAGAAGAUGGUAGUAGGCAUCGAGCGUCGACGGAUGUCAGAUACGAACAGGACCUUCAAUCCAGACCUGAUCACCUCGACCCGAUGCUUGAUUCGUCGACUGCCCAAUACGGUAGACUUUGAGGAACUGAAACGGACGAUCGAGGAGCACGCGGGGAGCUUGGUCGAAUGGACCGUCCAGGACUUCACCUCCCCCGACCCCACCAAACCCUCGGUGGAUAAGUUUAUCUCCCUCGAAUUCGAGCAACUUUGUGGGGCAAGAGAGGCGGUCAGAUUGAGUCAGAAUAUCAAUGGGACCCUGGGAGGGAUCGAUGUCCCUGGCACCGAUGGCAUCAAAGCUCGGAUCGAGGCCCGCAAACAAUUCUCACCUCAAUCCGCUUAUCGAACUAGUUAUCGCGGUCAUCAUCAGCAGCCCUUCCAUCCUCACUCUGGAGGAGGCUACCAUCAAACCUAUCCAAACCAUCAUCAACAACAUCAUCCCCGGAGCAGUCGAGGUUCUUACGGCGGCUAUCAUUCUAGAGGCGGGAGUCCUAAUCAUAAUCAUCAUUACCUUACCACCACCACCAACCCUGCUCCUGGUACUGGUGGUGGACCAGGUAAUUAUCAAAAUAAUAAGGCAUUCAAUGGCAGCUUUACUAAAUAUAAACCUAGAAGAAGCGUCCCUGGUGGAAUGAAUGGGUCUGAAUAAUUAAUAGUUGGUUGAACAAUGGGGAGGUUUUUUUUAUGCUUUGUUGCUGGUUAUAUAUUGUCUGUGGCCCGGUCAAGCGUAAUGUGUUUGUUUGUUUUGAUCCUGCUCUUGUUGCUCUCAAUCUCUUUCCUCCAUUUUUUUAUACUGUUAUUUUCAUCUUCAAUGUUCAUCUAGUGAAACUUGAUAAAAAAAAACCUCCUCCUCCCCUUUUCCUAAGACUUUUUUGGGGGGCCUGAUCAACACCUGUUUAAUUCUCCAGAUCUACUACUACUACUACUACUACCACUCGUUUUUUUUUUUUGGUUCUUGUUUUUUCUUUGAUGAUAUGAUUAUGGUAUUUUCGGUUUAUAAAUCCAUCUGUUUCAAGAUUGGAUGAUUGCCAAAAAAAAACAAACUGA